CAACCCCAACGAGGUGGGCCAUGGAGUGCCCCGAGGGACGGCUCCCCGUUUCUUCAGAAAAUGAUUCAACACCAACAGUUUCAACAUCGGAAGUAACUAGCCAACAAGAGCCCCAAAUUCCUGUCGACCGUGGGUCUGAAACCACCUGUGAAAGCAGCGCCGACAUUGCUGGCGACCAAGGCACCCAGAUUCCUGCCGACCAGUACGCUCAAACGGAUGCGGACGGCAGCGCCCAGGCUGCUGCCCAGGCCCCAGAAAACUUCCAGGAAGGGAAAGACAUGAGUAAAAGCCAGGAUGAAGUUCCUGAUGAAGUUGAGAACCAGUUUAUAUUGCGUCUGCCUCUGGAACACGCUUGUACUGUCAGGAACCUAGUACAUUCUCAAAGUGUCAAGAUGAAGGAUAAACUAAAAAUUGACUUACUGCCUGAUAGGCGCCAUGCAGUUGUUGAAGUAGAAGAUGUUCCACUAGCUGCUAAGCUGGUUGAUUUGCCUUGUGUUAUUGAAAGCCUGAGAACGCUUGAUAAAAAAACUUUUUAUAAAACAGCAGACAUUUCUCAGAUGCUUGUGUGCACUACUGAUGGUGAUAUCCACCCUUCUCCAGAAGAAUCAGCUGCCUCUGCUGAUCCUAAUAUAACCAGGAAAAAAGAAAGGGGGAGAGAGAAAAAAUAUGUCUGGAAGCAUGGCAUUACUCCACCACUUAAGAAUGUCAGAAAGAAAAGGUUCCGGAAAACACAAAAAAAGGUCCCUGAUGUCAAAGAAAUGGAAAAAAGCAGCCUUCCUGAGUACAUUGAAUCUCCAGAUGUGGAAAAUGAAGUAAGGAGACUGCUGCGUUCAGAUGCUGAAGCCAUAAGUACCCGUUGGGAAGUCGUUACUGAAGAUGGAACCAAGGAAAUAGAAAGUCAAGGCUCCAUCCCAGGAUUUGUGAUAUCCUCGGGAAUGAGCAGCCACAAGCAGGGUCAUACCUCAUCAGAAUAUGAUAUGCUUCGGGAGAUGUUCAGUGAUUCUAGAAGUAACAAUGAUGAUGAUGAGGAUGAGGAUGAUGAAGAUGAGGAUGAGGAUGAGGAUGAGGAUGAGGAUGAAGAUGAAGACGAAGAAGAAGAGGAGGAAGAUUAUUCUGAAGAGUAUCUGGAAAGGCAGCUUCAGGCCAAGUUUAUUGAAUCUGGCCAGUAUAGGGCAAAUGAAGGUACCAGUUCAAUAGUCAUGGAAAUUCAGAAGCAGAUUGAUAAAAAGGAGAAAAAGCUCCAUGAGAUUCAGAAUAAAGCACAAAGACAGAAGGAUCUCAUCAUGAAAGUGGAAAACCUGACACUCAAGAAUCAUUUUCACUCUGUGCUGGAGCAGCUUGAGAUACAGGAGAAAAAAAAAAAUGAGAAGCUCAUUUCCCUACAGGAACAAUUGCAGCGUUUUCUGAAGAAGUGAGGAGAGCCAUUGGCCUGGCACACAAACCUUGGAUCCACCAUCCAGACUGAAGACUGGAUGAAACUGUGCAUGUUUCUCUCCCUUCCGUUGCCUUAUGUUGAAUCAGUUAUAUUUAUCUGUACCUUCUUUGCUACUUAUAAUAUGCUCAAAGUUUGUAGUCAUGUAGAAAAGGCCAGUAUAAAAAUAUAGUAGACUUAGAUACCCCACACGACCAUGAGACUUUCUCUUUGUCAAUUUGGGAAUUAUUAUUAUUAAUUUAGAAAUGGGGUCUUGUUAGGUUGCCCAGGCCGAAUUCAGACUCCUGGGCUUAAGGGAUCCUCCUGCCUCAGCCUC